UUUCGUUUUGAGUUCAGGGUACAGUAGUACUAGCGCGAUUGGGUGACUCCAUGGUCUCCAUCUGCGACAAGUCGCGCAGCCUGUAAGAAACGAAGUGCAUGCACUCUUCACUAAGUUGUUUCCUCAGCAACUGUAGAAUGCUGGAAUACCGAGGCAGGGUAUUCACGUGGAACGCCGUGGACGUCCUCGUUGACGGUCUCCUCCAGCACGGCAAGAUCGUCAACCUGGCGGAGGGCGGCCUCAUCAUCGAUUUUGAAUGCAUAGCGCAGCGCUCGCAGUUCGUCGCCUUCGGGCCAGUCUUCCGCUGUGAUGAUGAGCCCAGAUACUGGGAUAUCCCAAAGGACGGGCAGCCGAUGCAGGUGCUGUUACGCCAGCACCCGGACGCACCAUGGACCUGGUACCCGGGGAAGACCGUGCCCCUGGAUGGCUACUGCUUUCGGGAGGCGGCGUUCGUGCAAGUGCAACUGCCGCACGGCACCGUCGAGGAGCUGAUUGGCCGGAAACAAGUGCGCCCAGCGCUGCGGGGCGGGAAUUAUGAGGAUUUGCGCCGCGUUGCGCCCCAUGACUUUGUCAUCCGCGCUUGUCCACUGCCUGUCGGCUACUGGUCGGAGGCGUCUCCGCAGCUCGAAAAGAUCCUGAAAUCCGGAGUCAACGAACGCUACAGGGUACUGUGCACGACCGUGCUCAGCCAGACACUGUGCUAUCUUCAGGGCCCCUCUGCGCCGCACCACAUAACAUUGACCCCUGGGCAGCUGCAGGAACAAUGCGAUAUAGCGAAGCAAGAACUAGCGAGCGACGGGUCAAUAUCGGCACCACUUGGCACAGGCUGCCUUGGUGCAACCUUCACAGCCCGUAAAAAGCGCAAAGUUGCCGCCAGGCGCCGAUGCCUGCCGUUGCCGACUGAGCUGCUGCUCGAGGUCUUCCAGGCGCUGGAUUCCAUCGAGCGCUUUCGCUGUCGGCGUGUCUGCUACGUGUGGAACAGCAUCCUCACCACCGCAGCCUACUUUCCCGAUGCCCGUGUUUCCGCCAGUACAAAUUAUGAUAAGAACCAUUCCUGGGAGGGCAUCUACUGGGUGCAGGCCUGCUUACUGAAGUGUCUCACCAACGCCACCAAAAUCGCCGUGAUUAGCAAUUUGGACGAACGCGAACAAUGUGGACGAUUAGCAAUGCGGCGAAGGAUGCCGUGCAGGCGGUGUGCGAGCGAAUGGUAUGGAAGCAGUGCCGCAUUAUCAUACGCUCAUCGACAACCGCAAUCGCGCAGCACGCCUUCAGCGUCCGCGCUGAUCCUCCCGCAACCGCUGGAUUUGCCGGCGCUGGCAGAAUUGAUCACUGAAGCCGUCGCUGACAACCGUGAAUAUCGUAUUAAUCACAUUAUUCGAAAGAUUCUAAACACCUACCAGAGCGCCGAUCCCCGCCCCACCACGCGGUACCGCGGUCGCCAGUGGACGGUGGAAGACUUGGCCGAUUUGGAUUUGACAACGCUGACCACACUGACAGUCACGAUAUUAGCGGAUGCACUCAUGUUGGGCAUAUCGUGUCAUUUUAGUUAG